GGUAAGUCAGGCGGUGAAUGGCGGAGUUCUCUUUGGGCCUUUUUUUGUCUUUCGGAGCAGAAGAUGAGGCAAAUCACAUCGCCUGAUCUAGUUGUGUAUCACUAGGACAAUGUGCCGCUCAUGCCUAUUCGUCGACCCCACCGGAAAUCUAGACAUGGCUGUAAAGCAUGUAAACAGCGGAGAGUGAAGUGUGAUGAGGUGCGACCGACUUGCACAAAUUGCCAACAACGCCAGGAGGUUUGUGAUUGGGGCACAGACACGCCCUUCAUCUGGGCUGGAGAGGGUAACCCCCCUCGACGACGACCCCGGGGUAGCAGGAAGAUAUCUUCCAACAGUCAGGAGGGUGCGUUGCCAUCACCAGAUACCUCCUUUGACCUCUUAGAUAGGCUCGGGGCAAAUGGUACAAUCUCCAGCCCUAGUCCAACUCUGGAUUUGAAUCAGCUCCGGCUUAUCGUCCAGUGGCAAGCCGACACGCACCGAUUCUUCGCGCGAAACGAAGAAACCAAACGUAUAUGGAAGGUAUUACUUGUCGAGGAAGCGCUGAACACACCAUUUUUAAUGCACGGCAUCUUGGCUGUGUCCGCGCUGCACCUUUCGUUAUCUGAAAUUGAACCACAGAAAUCCUUUUGGUUAGGGAUAGCCACAGCACACAAAGGCCAGGCACUCCCGCAAUUCGUUCAAAAUCUCCAAAAUAUUGAUGUGGCAAAUGCUAAGGUCAUGAUGGGCCUCUCUGGGCUGGUGGUUGCAUUUGCCUUUGGCUCUGCACUGACCGGAGUUGCUGACGCCGAUCUGCCCUGCCUAGAUACUCUGCACAACGUAUUUGUGCUGUGUCGCGGAGUCCAGCAGAUUAUUAACGCAGGCUCUUCUUUACGAAGUAGUAACUUUGCCCCUAUGUUCAACCCUACACCACCACCGAUCAAUUACCCCGAGCGUGCCAAGGAAUCUCUCGACCACCUCGAACAGCUCAACGCAGCUCUUGGGACAGGCAGAAAUCAUGAUACCGCUACAUACGCACGUAUGGUUGACGAAUUAAGAGCACUUUCAGUCCAUACAUAUGCUCAACCAACCUGUAUGAUGCUGGCCGUGGGGUGGGCCAUCCGAGCAACUCCCCAGUAUCUCCAGUAUAUGCAACACAGAGAGCCUUUCUCCUUAGUCAUUCUCGCACAUUAUUGUGCCUUUUUACAUAUAGCGCGAGAAAACUACUUCCUUCAGACUUGGGGAAGUUGUGUCCUCAGGGAGAUCUAUCAACUUCUGGAUCCCAUGUGGAGAAUCCAUAUCACGUGGCCCGUCAGUGAAAUUUUUGGGGAAAGUAUAGCUUUAUGAGAGCAUGCCCUUGUG